CCUUUAUGAAGCCCCUCGCCCCGAGGGGUCAUCAAGAAAAUCCCUGAACCUCGGCGGUCUACGCCUCUGUCUUUGUGGCCGGCCCUGUUCUGACUCAGGUCCAUCAACACGUGGCGCUAGCGGCUGAACAGGGACGACAAUGGUGGAAUAUGGGGAACCUUGAUCCACUAACUGUCCAUUGCCAUCUGGUGAGGCAGGCGCCGUCUCAAACUGAGGAACUUCUCUGCCCCUGUAGGGUGCCAAACUGUCUCUAUGCAGGACAACUUUUCGGCCCUUAGGGGGCACUGCAACUCUAUAGACUACUUCCCCCACCCUCUCAAGCACCCUACACGGACUGUCCCAAUGACUGUCCAACUUGGGGCAACGUCCUUUUUUCCUUUUGGGCGUGUACUCCCAGACCAGCUCGUCAGGCCUAAAGUCCCGGCCCUUGCUCCGCACGUCAUGGUUCCUCUUUUGCCUCAAACCAGCCUUCCCCAACUGGUCUCGUGCGAAGGAAUGUGCCGCUUCCAUCCGAUCCUGCAACUUCCGAGCGUACUCCAGUCCCGGCCGAUCCUCUGUACUGCCUGGUGGUCUCCCAAACGCCAACUCAGCAGGUGUCCGGAUCUCCCGACCCAACAUCAGUAGGGCAGGGGUGCAGCUUGUGGAACUUUGAACCGCGGAACGGUAUGCCAUCAGCACUAGUGGAAUAUGCCGGUCCCAGUCAUGCUGAUGGUUGGCGGUGAGGAUGGCUAGCUGCUGCUGCAUGGUGCAGUUAAACCGCUCCACUAGUCCAUCACUUUGCGGAUGCAAGGGAGUCAUGCGUGUCUUUUGCAUGUCCAGUCUUUCACACAAGGCAGCAAAAACCCUGGAUUCAAAAUUCCUGCCCUGGUCGCUGUGGAGGAUAUCUGCCGUUCCAAAGCGACUGAACAUGCCCUCCAGUAAGGCAUCAGCCACUGUCUCCGCUUCUUGGUUCGGCAGUGCGUACGCCUCCGGCCACUUAGUAAAAUAAUCCAUCGCGCACAGCACAUACUUGUUUCCUCUGUCUGUUACGGGAAAAGGGCCCAUAAUGUCCACAGCUACUCUCUCCAUGGGUGCUCCAACCCCUUGCUGCUGAAGCGGUGCGUGUGACCGGUCCUGGGGUCCCUUGUAGGCUGCGCACUCAUCACAGCGCCGACAGAAAUCCUCCACGUCCCGCCGGUGCUGACCCCAGUAGAACCCUUGGCGCAACCGACGGAGCGUCUUUGUGCUGCCAAAAUGCCCUGAGCCCGUGCCCCCAUGACACGGCUUCAGCACUGCGUCCCUCAGAGUCUUCGGUACCACCACCUGCCAUCUCUCCUCCCCGGUGGCCGACUCCUUCCACGCACGCUGCAGUACGUCGUCCCUGAUGCGCAGCACAGCAAACUUACUCCACAGGCCCUUGGUGCCGACUGACAGCCCCAACACGCCAUCCCACUUCUGACACCAAUGUAAUGCCCCGCAGUGGAGAAGGAGUCACACAGACGAGGAUGCGCUGCUCAAUCGCUUUAUUAACAAGCGGUAACUGGUUGUAGUUAAAAAAAAGUAACGCACACACAUACACGAGCUGCUGUUAGCCACAACUCACGCUCACACACACUCAAGUUCUCCGCCAACUCACUCGCGCAUGCGCGUUCCCCAAACCCUUAAAGACACAGUACACUAAUGCAAAUAUCACAGAUAUUACAGUACUUUGUAAACACUUUAAGUUUGAAGAGUUUCUUGAAGUGGAUCAUAUUAGUACAUUGUUUGAUUGCUUUGCUUCAUCCAUUCCAUAAUUUAAUUCCACAUACUGAUAUACUGAAGGUCUUAAGUGUUGUACGUGCAUACAAAUGUUAGUAUUGUAUUAUGUAUUCAUUGGAUGGGUACAAACAUUUACAGCAUCGCCCACUUUUUUAUUUAGUUAUGAAUCCCAUCUAUGAAAACAUAUAAGAGUUCCAACUGAAAUAUGAAACUCUCUCUUUAUCUCGCUCUCUCUCUCUCUCACACACACACACACACACACACACACGCACCUGCUCUGACUUGACGUAACCUCCCACCUCCAUCACACAAAAGGAAGCAGACUUGAAACAAAAGUAUCCUCCACGCUCUAUUGGACGAAAAGACACGUCUGAGGUGUUUCAUCAUGGCUGCCAUGGGAGCAUUUUCUCUCCUCAUUGUGUCCUUUGUGUGGAUGAAGUAUUCCAAUGCUCAGCUGGAAUGGAAGCCCUCUGACACGAUGCAAUCUGAUAUAGAAAAAGCUUCCUUUGAUUCUUCCACACCAGAAACGAUGUGUGCCAUUUUCCGCUCCCCAAACUUCACAUCCAAGGCGAAAAAGAGUGAAAUGAAACCCAGCCUGGCCAAGAAGUUGCUGCAAAAAAUCAAAGAGUGUUACAGAGGAGAAUUGGAGCUUGAAGAUGAUGUCACCCAGCUAGGCCCAUUGACGUGUUACUAUGACAACGCACCCGACUUGACCCCUGAACUCAGCAGGCAACUCCUGGCUCAGUUUUCUGAGUGCAAAAACCCAAAGGCUACAAUGCUGAAGAUGCUCCUUCUGAGGAAGGCCUUGUCCAACUCCAACUGGACCACUUAUGAGGUUCUGCACUUGCUUGGCAGCAGUGUUAGCUUGCUGUCCCCCACACAACUGGACAGCAUCGCGAGCGCUGACCUCAAACAGGUGAUCAAAGACCUGCCGCCUGGCGUCCAGUGGAGGAUGACGCAGCAACGAACUCUCGUCAAGAAACUGCUGGGCGAUGACGAGUGUCAGGAGGUUUCCAGUCAGCAGCUGCUCCAACUUGGUCAAGUCAUAAAAGGAGUGCCGAGCUGUGUGCUGCGGCGUGUGAAGACGUUGGAGAUGCUGAAAGACGUGGAGACUCUGAGGAGCGUCUCAGAGAGGAUGAGGAGGGCUCAGAGGAAGGCUAUGUUGCAGGGGCUGCUGAAGAAGAUGAGCCCUUUGGAGCUGGUGGGCCGACUGCCUGGUUCCUUGCUGCGCAGUUUGUCUGUGAAAACUCUGCAGGAAGCAGACAUCACUUCCUCUCUACAAUUAAAGGCGGAGAGUCUAAACCGCCCACAGGCCGCUUUUCUGGCUGCAAAGCUUUUCAAGAGGCAUACGUCACACUUUUGGAGGACUUCCAUCAUUCAGGGUGUUACCUGUAAGAUGAUUGACAAAAUGGCUGACACAGACCUGCAAGACAUGGCUCAGGCCAUAGAGGAGACACCAUGGUGGCUCUCCAAGGCACAGAUUGGAUGUGCAGCCUGGAAAUACUUCGCAGCUUUGAGGAAAGCACGAGCAGAUUGCUUCAAAAACAUCACAGAGGAGCAGCUUAUUGAAAUUCCAACAAGUCUGAUGAUCCACCUGCCGGCUUGGGAAUUGAACCAUCUACCUGAUUCUGUUUGUGAAGUGUUCCUCAACAAGACGCAAUCAGCCAAACUCUCCUCCCUGCCUCGUCCAUCAACAUCUCGACUUGCGCUUCUGCACAAAGCUCUGCACUGCCUCACCAAGGAUAAGAACAUGUCAUCACUGCUGACCGUAGAAGAUGUUUCCAGACUUGGAGAACUCGUGUGUGAGCUUCCAGCGUCCACGUUGAGCCUAAUGGACGCCAACACCCUCAACGUCAGCAUGCAGGUCAUAGCUUCCUGUCAGCAUGUUCCUCACAGAGAAGCCCUGAUGCAGCUCAUCAAAGAAAACUUUAGGAACCCAUCUGAAUGGUCACAGGAAACUAUGGAGUCACUUGGUCCACUUUGGGAUUGGGAUGAAAAUGCUCUGUUUGCGCUGCCCUUUAAGCCUUGGAUGAUCGAGGUCUUUUAUUUCCUGAGAUCGCAACACAGGACACAAGCUCUAAGGAGGACCUUCUUCAAGCUCAUCACAUCUAAAAGGGAGGACGAAGUCAUGACAGACAGUUUGAACAGUAACGAACCAACAGUAGAUUUAAUAGAAGAACUGGGAAUGGACAAUGUGUUCUGGUCAGCUGAUCAACUAGAUGCGAUGUCAUCAGACAUGUUCCUUGUUACCAUGGAAACGCUUGGUUCCGUCCCCGACUACGACUUAGAGCAGCUGACCGUGCUCAGUAAAAAGGCAACUGAGGCUCUGGGUGAAGCGUCUCACAUGAACGAGAGCGUUGUAGCACAGAUAGGAUGUAUCGCUCAGGGAUUCUCCAACGCGGACUUGGAGAAGAUGGCGUUUUCCUUGGACAUGCUAGAGGAAACAGGACGCUGUGGCUGGAAAAUGUGGCAGCUGAAUUCAGUGUGGAAAAGUGUCUCGAAGCGCAACAACCUAUCGGCUGAGCAGUUGGACGCGUCAGACAUGGCCGCUCUUAACGUCUUCAUGUGUGGUCUGAGUUCUGACGAGAUCUCCCAACUGGACGUAGCUGCUUUCAGGGACGCCGUGGGCACCAUCAACGACAUCCGCUGCUCGCCCAGCGUUGCCCAGCAGUUCCAGAAGGUUCUGCUGUCUGCCUUUGGACGUCCAGACAGCUGGACGGAGGCGUCUGUUUCUGAAGUGGGCACCAUGAUUGCUGGCUUGCAUGCGCACCAGUUGGUGUCUUUGGAUCCAUCCGUCAUGAUGUUUCUCAGUCAGAGCAGCGUUCCACUCCUUCAUCCAAAUAACAUAGCUGCCCUCUCUGUAGCCCAACUGGAGGCCCUUGGUCCUGACAACGCUGCCAUGGUAACCAGAGGACAGCGAGCUGCUCUUACAGAUGUGCAAAUGGACGCCCUGGCGAGGGCUGAGUCUGGGGAAAUGCAAAGUGCUGCAAGUCAGAUGCAAUCAGGAGCUCCUUCAGUGAACACAGAAGGGAUCUCAGCCCUCAUCAAGCCACUUCUGGUUCUCCUGGUGGGACUCCUGCUACUGUGAUCACUGGGAGAACAACUCGCAGCCUUGGUUACAUUUGUUGAAGAUGAAAACUAUAUUCAUAGAAAAGCAUAUUAUAGAAUGGGAUGGGCGAAUGAAUAAACAUCAAUUAACAUUACUUACAAUCAAUUAAGUGACAUCCAUUUAUAAUUGGAUGGUAAGACCUCUUAGAAGUUUCUGAACUCUUGUUUCCAUGCCAGAAAAUGCUGCCUGAAGAAGCUGUGCAGACUGAACAGUCCCUUUACCGGUUGAAGCGGAGUAGUGCACUCUAUUUCCCCUGUAAUAAUCACUUAACUGAAUACUUUGCCCAUCCCUAUUAGAAUGUUAGUUGCCCAAUGUUAAUAAAGAUAACCAAUAAAUUGCAUGACAAUG